UAGAAAAUAAGAAGAUGUGGAUCAGAUCAAAGUGGGUCAAGUACACGUACAUACAAACACAAGUACAUACGACAUAUUUGUGUUUCUCAAGUGGACCCCCUCCAUGUUCUGUUCAUUACAAGAAGCAAAUUGAUGCGUCUGUAAUCUGUAUGUAUAUAUGUAUGUAUAGCAUAUAGUAUAGUUGAUUGGAGAUUGAAGGAUGUCUGUUAAUGGAGGAGGAGGAGGUGAGAUAUGGAAGGCGCAUACAGCGUUGGCGUUAGUACAGCUAUUCAACGGUGGAUAUCAUGUGAUUACAAAAGUAGCCCUUAAUGUUGGUGUUAAUCAGCUUGUGUUUUGUCUUGUUCGUGAUCUCAUUGCUCUUUCCAUUCUUGCUCCUGUUGCUUUUUUUCGAGAAAAAAGAAUCAGACCACCUAUGACUAGGCACUUCCUCUUGUCAUUUCUCUUUCUUGGUUUUUCUGGGAUAUUUUUGAACCAGCUUUUGUUUCUUAUUGGACUUGGCUACACGAAUCCAACCUAUGCUGCAGCCAUACAGCCUGCAAUUCCUGUCUUUACAUUUAUAUUCGCUGCUAUCAUGGGUACAGAAACAGUUAAUCUACUCCGGAUAGAUGGUCAACUGAAGGUUGGGGGUACUCUUGUUUGUGUUUUUGGUGCAAUUUUAAUGGUUAUAUUCCGCGGCCCUGCUGUAUUUGGUUAUAAGGAAUCAGAUUUUACAUUACAAAGUGAAAUAAGUGCCAGGGGCCAACCAGAGCCUGCUGGAUGGAUUUUUAAUAUCAUAUACAGUUUUGGGCUGGAUACCUGGCAUAUUGGCGUCUUGUGCCUAAUAGGGAACUGUAUGUGCAUGGCUGCUUAUCUAGCCAUUCAGGCCCCGUUAUUAGCGAAAUAUCCUGCAAGUAUAUCCGUGACGGCAUAUGCUUACUCCUUCGGCGUGUUGUUUAUGAUAGUUACUGCAUUAUUUAUGACCAACCACUCAACAGAUUGGAAUUUGACGCAGUCAGAGAUUUUUGCAGUGUGCUAUGCUGGAAUUGUUGCAUCUGCCCUUAACUAUGGGCUCUUGACAUGGUGCAAUAAGAUUGUGGGUCCUGCUUUAGUUGCAUUAUACUUCCCACUUCAACCUGCCGCAUCUGCAUUUCUUUCAAGGAUUUUCCUUGGGAGCCCUAUAUAUUUGGGAAGCAUUUUAGGUGGAUUUGCAAUCAUAGCUGGGCUAUAUUUGGUCACUUGGGUGUCAUAUCGUGAAAAACAGUCAGCCUCGGGCAUUAUUCCUCAUGUUUCUCGUCCGUCAGACUCAGACCCUCUUAUUCCCAGGGUGUCUUCUAUUGGAACGAUUCCAUUUCAGUUGGGGCAUAUUUUCUCGGGGCCAUCCACCUCAGCACCAAAGAUCAUGGAUUGAAAAUAUCAUGUGUAUGUAAGAUAAGUAUUUUGUAUCAAAAUGACCUCUCCUCUUGAUAUCAUUAUUAUGAGUAGAGCUACCUAUUCUGGAAA